CCGGAUUAUGUGUUCCAGUCAGUGAACGUUGUUACUAACCUUGCAUAUAACAUUAUAGGGCGCACUCCUUAGCUACGUUGACCAUCAGAAGCGGUCGCCAUUGCACGCCGCCGCAAGUUGUGGGCACAUCGAAAUAGUGAAGUAUUUGAUAUCAGAAGGCGUCAAUAUACACUCCAGGGAUAACUUUGAAAGCACGCCUCUUCUGGAGGCUAUUCGCCAUCGUUACCUAGACGUCGUCGAGCUGCUCCGUUCCGCUGGAGCCCAUUUGUCGUUGGAUCCGCUGAACAUAGGGAUAGAGAUGUGUUCAGCUGCAAGCUGCAAUGAUCUCCAGCUGCUGAAGGCAUGGGAAGCGGCCGGUGCUGAUUUGAACAGUUCGGAUUACGACAAGCGAACGGCACUUCACGUGGCGUCCAGUCUCGGACAUGCUGAUAUGGUCAAGUAUCUGCUGGAAAGCAAUGCUGACCCGUUCGCUGUCGAUUCAUGUGGUCACAACUGCUUAGACAAAGCGCUGAUUGGUCGUCACGCCAAAAUCGUUAAUAUGAUACGAUUGCAUAUGGAGAAACUUGCCAAGUGA